GCUGCUUGUGAACAGUGAACAGUGAGUGUGAACAUGUUGCCGGCUGGUGUCGCUGUUGUCUCGUUUUUCUCUCCUCACAUGAACGCGAGGUGGAGGAAGGACCGGAGCCUCCUUCUCUCCUCUGCUCCCUCCUUGUCUCCUCUCCUCCUCUCGGCCUUCAGGAGGAGCUGAAGGUGAACCUCCCCCUCUUCCUCCUCCUCCUCGUCUUCCUCGUCUUGUCUGCUGGGAUGAUCGGGCUGCAGCUGCCGGUGGAUCCGGUUCCGCUGCUGCGGGUGUGAAGCUCGCUGUCUCCCGAUCUUCUUCUUGGUGUCUGUGACCCUCGGCUUGUUCUCUGUAGAGGACACCGCAGAUCUCUGCAUCUCCUCCGCUGUCAGUCUGUGUGUCCGUGUGUGUGCGCGCGUGUGUGUGUGUGCGUGCGUGCAUGCAUGUGUUCUGCACCGUGCGGGCGGAAAAAGCGCCCCAGAUCUGCAGGGAGCAUCUUCCCCAUCAGCAGAGGAGCGCCGGCUGCGGAGCAGGAGCGCAGGGAGAGCCGGGAGGAAGCGGUGGACGACAGCAGGAUGACUGUGCAGGAGUUCAACACUCUGGUAGCUCUGUACCGAGAGCAGGUCAUCUCCAUUGGGGAGAUUUCGGCCGACUGUCCGUCUCUGAGAGUUCAGAUGCAUCACACUCGCUCCAAAGGUUGUUCCAUGGCCCUAGCAGCUCACCGCGACCUCGCCCUCAUCUCUGGAUCAGGUCCAGAGGACGGAGAGAUCCCCCCUGAGAUCUGCCGGCUCUUCAUCCAGCUGCAGUGCUGCCUGGAGAUGUUUGUCACAGAGAUGCUGAAGUCCAUGUGUCUGCUGGGAGUUCUGCAGCUCCACAGAAAAAGAACCGACUCUGAGCCGAAGGUGGACUUCAGGAUGGACGAGAGCUCGGACGUUCCCAUCCUGGAAGAACGCUCCUCCUCUCCCACAGACUUCCCUCAGGAGCAGUGGUUGGUGGGAACUGAUAUUGAAAACAUAGAGAGGCCGCUGCUGCUGCUGCAGCUCCUCAGCUGUGUAUCGGUUGGUCUGGCCUGUUUCUGUGACCACUAUCCAUGGGGUUCCUGGACCGCCUGCUCCAGAACCUGCAACCACGGCACUCAGCAGAGAGUCAGGAAAAUGGUGUAUGACGAUUAUUACUGGAAGAACAGCUGUCGUCAGCUGUGUCACAAAUACGACACCAGAGCGUGUAACGAGCAGACAUGUCCAAUCAACUGCCGACUCAACGAGUUUGGACCCUGGUCUGAGUGUUCACCGUGUGCCAAGAAACAGUUACGUACCCGCUCCGUGGUGAGGCCGUCUCAGUUCGGAGGAUCAGACUGCAGCGUGGAGCUGACGGAGGAGCGGCCGUGUUAUCCGUCCACCGAGUGCAAGUUACCAGCGCUCGACUGCAGAGACGACUUCAAGUGUGAAAACGGACGCUGCAUCAACUCAACGCUGACGUGUAACAAACAGAACGACUGUGGAGAUAAUUCUGAUGAGCGAGACUGCGCUGACCUCACUGUCGUGUGUCCGGCAGAGAAGAGACCGGCUCCUGGAGUCGACCUGCUGGGAAACGGGUUCGAUGUCCUGGCAGAAGAAGCGAGGGGAGCGGUCCUGGACAACAUGUUCAUGGGCGGCAGCUGCGUCAUCAGGAGACCUCCGACCACGCUGCUCUACCACAGAGUUCCUCACAACUUUGACACCUUUGACAUUAAGGCAGGGGUUCUGGAAGAUUUCAGCACCGAACCCAAACCUCUUCACUCAGAGUCGCUCAGCUUGAAGACGUCGUCUUCCUCUGAUAGCACACGUCCAAAAAAAGGCGACUUCUUCUUUUUCCCCAUUUUCUUCCUCACGCGAGGACACAGGACACAGCUGCAGUCCAACAAGGAAGCUUUCGAGGCGUCAAAGAAAAUAGACUCCAAGUUCUUCCGGGUCCACCAGGUUCUUCCCGUGUCCACGUUCACGGUGAAGGACGUGGACGAGCUGGUUCUGUCACUGCCGUUCCUGCAGUUCCUCCACGCUCUGCCUCUGCUCUACAACUACGCCCUCUACAGGGAGAUUUUCCAGCGCUUCGGAACACAUUACUACAGCUCAGGGAAACUGGGAGGUCACUACGACCUGCUGUACCAGUACAGCCGCGAGGAGAUCAACACCUCAGGUGAAUCAGAGGAACAGUUCAAAGGUUGUUUGAGUCGAGAGACGACCUGGACUAUCAUCCUCUACACAGAACACAAAAGUGUGACCCGCUGCACCAACACCAGAACCACUGAGAAAUAUAAAGGCUCGUACAUUCAGGCAGCGGAGAAGUCCUUCUCCGUGGUCAAAGGAGGACGAACCAGAGAAGCAGCAGCUCUGGCCUGGGAAAGACAAGGUCCCGCUCCGGACCGAACCUCCUACAAGAACUGGGCCAAAUCUGUUCUGGACAAUCCAGCUGUGGUCGAAUACAAGCUGCUGCCACUCAUUAAUCUGGUGCGAGGAAUCCCCUGCGCCCUCACAAAGAGGAGACACCUGCAGAGGGCGCUGUUGCAGUACCUGGAGGAGUUUGACACCUGCAAGUGUUCGCCAUGUCCCAACAACGCCAGGGUGGUUCUGUCCGGCACAGAGUGCAAGUGUGUUUGCCAGACCGGAACCUUUGGAACCAACUGUGAGAAACGAGCUCCGGACUUCACCUCAAAGGUGGUGGACGGUUCCUGGAGCUGCUGGGGACCGUGGAGUCGCUGCGGAGCGUCCAUGAAGAGACACCGGACGAGGAGGUGCGAUAACCCCGCCCCCCUCAGGGGAGGUCAACCCUGCAGUGACUCUGGCAGACAGGAGGAGCCGUGUCACAUCUCCAUCUUUGAAAAACAGGAAACAUGUGACAAUGAUGACGACUUCACUGUGGGCUGGAGGGACGAGCUUCCUCCUGGAGUUCAAGGCUGUUUGAGACCCAAGAGGCCGGAGAACAGUUUCCUCAGGAAAUCGAAGCAGUAUUACAGUUUUGGUGAGGAUGAGGAGUUCGAGUGCUUCACUGGUUUUGCUCUGGAGGGUUUUCAGUUCAUUAAUUGUCUCCCUGAUGGAACGUGGAGUUCACCACAAGGAAAAUGCAUGAGAAACCUGUGUCUUCCCCCUGAGAUUCCUGAGGGAAUGACGUUGUUUCCUGACAAAGAUCAGUACAGUGUGGGGGAGUCUGUGGGUCUGAACUGUGACCAGGUCGGUUUGUUCCCGGUGCCUCAAACCUUCUACAAGUGCAGCGUCUCUCUGAGCUGGGAGCCUCCUGUCGCUGCUGACCUCCGCUGCACUGAUGAGCUGCCGUUUGUUCCUGACGCUCAGUGCGGUCCAGGACAGAAGCUGCAGGACUCUCAGUGUGUUUGUAUCCAGCGUGAGAGCUGUCUAUCACAGUCAGCAAACCUCUGCGUCCUGAACACCGACGUGGGUUUGGCCGUGUCGAUGUCGCUCUGCUCCUUCCACGCCGGCCGUUGCCACGGUGACCCGCUCUUCUACAUCAGCGACGGCGAGUGUGACGCGGUCGACCCCGGGAAAGUGGAGUGGGCCAACUUCAGAGCCAAGAUGUCGUCAAAGAGCUCGGUUCAAGUGCCGUGUGACCUCAACACCUGUUAUGAGUGGGAGACUUGUUCUGAGUUUAAGAAGUGCGAGUGCAGAGCGGCGCGUGAAUGCAGCCGAGCACAACAUCACAUGUUCUGCGUGAAGUUGACCAGGACUCAGCGCACUCGCAGUCUGGACCUGUGCUCCAUGGCUGCGCUCAAAUGUUCCAGCUACGACUUUGAGAUCAUCGGUGAAGGACAGUGUGAGUCCAGAUGAUUCAGCAAAAGAAAGAAAUAAAAAAAUCUCUCUGGAACUUUUAACCACUGCUGGAAAAAAUAAAUAAAAAUAAUAACCUGUGA